AUGGUGUCUGGGUCAGGGAUCUGUGCUAAAAGAGUUGUUGUUGAUGCAAGGCAUCAUAUGCUAGGCAGGCUUGCAUCAAUAUUAGCUAAAGAGCUACUAAAUGGACAGAAAGUUGUUGUUGUCCGAUGUGAAGAGAUUUGUAUCUCUGGUGGGUUAGUAAGGCAGAAAAUGAAGUACAUGAGGUUCUUGAGGAAACGCAUGAACACUAAGCCUUCUCAUGGUCCUAUUCACUUCAGGGCUCCUUCUAAGAUUCUCUGGCGUACCAUUAGAGGGAUGAUUCCUCACAAGACCAAGCGUGGAGAGGCUGCUCUGGCUCGCUUGAAGGUUUAUGAAGGUGUUCCUCCUCCAUAUGACAAGACAAAGAGGAUGGUGAUCCCAGAUGCUCUCAAGGUUUUGAGGCUCCAGCCAGGACACAAGUAUUGCUUGUUAGGACAGCUUUCAUCUGAGGUUGGAUGGAACCACUAUGAAACCAUCAAGGAGCUUGAGAAUAAGAGAAAGGAAAGAGCCAAGUUAGUCUAUGAGAGAAAGAAGCAGUUGGCAAACCUGAGGGUUAAAGCUGAGAAGACUGCAGAGGAGAAGCUUGGUCCCCAGCUAGACAUCAUUGCUCCCCUCAAAUAUUGA